UCUUCAGCCGUCUUACCCUCACAGAGAGCCAUGGGACGCGUCCGCACCAAGACCGUGAAGAAGUCCUCCCGGCAGGUGAUCGAGCGGUACUACUCCCGCAUGACCCUUGACUUCCACACCAACAAGAAGGUCCUCGAAGAGGUGGCCAUCAUCCCAUCGAAGCGCCUCCGCAACAAGAUCGCCGGAUUCUCGACCCAUCUCAUGAAGCGCAUCCAGAAGGGCCCCGUCCGCGGCAUCUCCCUCAAGCUUCAGGAGGAGGAGCGCGAGCGCCGCAUGGACUUCGUCCCCGACGAGUCCGCCAUCAAGACCGACGACAUCGCCGUCGACAAGGAGACUCUUGACAUGCUCACUGCUCUCGGCAUGGCUGAUAUUCCCGGCCUCAGGGAGUCCACCGAACUGCAGGCUGCUCCUGUCGGGUACGGCCGUGGCGGGCCCAGGAGGUACUAGGCUUUUGGUUGGUUUCACUCAUGUGUUAUAGUACUACUGUUGUUUUUGAGUUUGGAUUAUGAACUCCUAGUGCUUUGUUCUUUAUGCGAAUUUCUGUUCUUGAUUGACAAUUUAAAACAUGCCGCUUUAUAUUUAUGUUGCUGCAAAUGUGUAGAAAUGGUUGUUGAUAAUUUGUUAAUUUGGUUGAUAGAUGCUAUAUGGGGUUAUUUAUU